GUAGCCUUUGGGGUGCAUUUCCUUGUGUGUGAACUGAAGAAAAAAGAAUGCAAAAGAAAAGAGAGAAGAGGUGGUGUAUAAAAUGCAAAGGGUGCGCAGGAUAAGGGAAGGUGACAUUGGCAAAUUUGUCAAAAAAGCUAUAGUGAACAGGGUGUGCCAAAUAGCGGCUGCAUAUAAAGACCCUUUAAAUUAAUCUCUUACCAAAUGAAAAGAACAAUGUUUUUGUUGCUGCUGUUGUUUCCUUGAAAAAAAAAAAAGAAACAUUCUUCUUUUCUUUACCUGAAAAAUUGAAGCUUCUCUCUCUAAACCACUGAAAAAAAAAAAAAAGAUAAAAGAGAAAGAAACUUUUUUUUUUCUUGUAUCUUUUUCACAUCUUAUUUAGCUAUAGCAGUGAAUGUAGCUCAAAGAUUCAAUCUUUACUUCAAUUCUCAUCAAUUUUAGCUAAAAAAAGCUUAAAUCUUUACUCAGCCCCUUUUCAAGAAAGUUUUAAAUAUCUACUGUUUCAGCUUCAAUUUUCAAUAUCUUUGGAAAAAAGCAAGCAAUCUUUAGAAUUUUGUUUCUGGGUUUUCUUUCUGUUUAGCAAAAUUGAGCUUAUAGAAUCUUUGGUUGAUCCAUGUCGUCCGAUAUAAGCUAGAAGCCUUUUCAUUAUAACUAUAUCCUUUUUAACUUGAUUGUUUUGAGCAAAGCUUGUUUCUUUCGGGGAAAAAGAUAUCAUGGCUAAAUGCAGUAUCUAUGAUGCUUGCACUGAAAUUUUUAUUAUUGAUCUUGAAAAUUUGAAACUUUACAUUAAUUUGUAAAAUUUGGUAAGUUUUAGUGUAAAGGGAAGGGGCUAAUAGCCUGUUUGGUGGGGUGGUGGUGUGAGGAAUGGGUAGGGAUCGUCUGCUUUUGGCUACAGUAGGACCACCGAUAAAGGCAAGAGCAGGGUUAAGGAGAAAACAGGCAGGAAGAGGCUCUUACAGAGGAAGCUAGCUUUGGGAGAAAUUAGGGUUUUACUUUUUCCGGGGGAAUUUUUAUUUAACUGACAGACUUGGUUUGGUUGGUUAGUGGUGGUGGUGGUGGUGGUGGUGGUUGUGGGGGUUGUUUUAAGUUGGGGGCUGGUUUUUAGGAAUUUUUGGGAAGGAGAUGGGUACUGACUUGCAUAAUACUUUGAGGAGCCUCUGCUUUAACACAGACUGGAAGUAUGCUGUGUUUUGGAAGCUCAAGCAUCGAACUCGAAUGGUUUUAACUUGGGAAGAUGCUUACUAUAACAAUUGUGAGCAACAUGAUCUUUUAGAGAAUAAGUGCUUUGGAGAAACAUUUGAAAACUUGUGUGGUGGGCGUUAUUCAAAUGACCCGGUUGGAUUAGCAGUGGCAAAGAUGUCAUAUCAUGUAUAUUCUCUUGGGGAGGGGAUUGUUGGACAGGUAGCAGUUACUGGAAAACAUAGAUGGAUAGUUGCAGAUAAGCAUGUAACCAAUUCUAUCUCAUCGUUUGAGUUCUCUGAUGGCUGGCAAAGUCAGUUUUCAGCUGGGAUAAGGACCAUAAUUGUUGUAGCUGUUGUUCCCCAUGGAGUUGUACAGCUCGGCUCUUUGAAUAAAGUUGCUGAGGAUAUGAAACUGGUCAACCAUAUCAAAGAUGUCUUUUCAUCCCUUCAAGAUUCCUCAGUCGAGCAAAUUUCUAUUCCACUACAAUAUAGCAUGAAGACUUCCUUAUAUCUGCCAGAUGUACCUACGCAGAGUCUGGAUUCGGAAUCAGUGGUUAUUCCUGAUAACUUAUGCAAUCUAGAUAAAGCUGCAGACAAGGGCCCAUACAACCAGUCGACUAUGUUUCCUUAUUUACAAAAACAAUCUGAUGAUUCUUAUUUUUAUUCUCUUCCUGGUAUCCAUCAGAAAACAGCAGUUGAACUGGUAAAUAAAUAUGGAGGGGGUGGAUUGUCUUUACCAGUGAAUAUUAGUAGUGUCAAAUUACUUCAACCUAGAUCAAAUAUUUCCUAUUUGGAGCAGCAUAAUCAAGUAGGAAUAAAUUUGGUAGUUGACCACACAUGUGGAGGAAAGACUAGUGUUUGGAAAGAUCCAGGUCGCGGAUCAGAAUUGAACGUAACUCCACAUUUAGAUAAUUCUGUUAAGGAUAAUAUAAAUUUAUGUGAUGUUAUACUUCCUGAUCAAAAGUUUGGAGCUGAUCCUGCAAACUUCCCUAUGGACCUCCUUGACUCUACUGUUUGUGAUAGACAUAAGUCAGAUGAGAUUGAUAUUUUAAAUGGAGCAUUGGACAUGCCUGAAUCUUCAAGCAUUGACCUCAAAAAACAUUUGGAGAAAAAGUUGGAAUAUCAAGCUGGGUCAAGUCACUUAGAAAGUUCGAGUACGUUUUUAAAGUUCUCUGCUGGCUGUGAGCUGCAUGAAGCUCUAGGACCAGCCUUUUCAAAAGGGUGUCUGUACUUUGAUUGUGAAGAAGGGAAGACUGAAUCUGCGGACAUUAUUGAGGUGCCAGAGGGAAUAAGUACUAGCCAGAUGACGUUCGACACUGGUUCAGAAAAUCUUCUAGAUGCAGUAGUAGGCAAUGUUUGCUAUAGUGGCAGCACUGACGUGAAACGUGAGAAAUCAGUUUGUAAAUCAGCGCAAUCUCUAUUAACAACUGAGAAAAUGCCAGAGCCUUCUUUCCAGGCUAAACAUAUUACCCAUUCAGCUGGUUAUUCGAUUAAUCGGCAAUCUGUUGUCCAAAACGACACGCACAAUUGCUCAAGCUCAACAGGGGUACGUGGUGCAACGUCUUCUAAUGGAUAUUCAUCAAAUUGUCCAAGUACUUGCAGUGAACAGUUGGAUAGGCGCUCAGAACCAGCUGAGAAAAACAAAAAGAGGGCUAGACCUGGUGAAAACUGCAGGCCUAGGCCAAGGGACAGACAGCUGAUUCAAGAUCGUAUUAAGGAGCUAAGAGAGCUUGUGCCCAAUGGGGCAAAGUGCAGUAUUGAUUCCUUGCUGGAGCGCACAAUCAAACACAUGCUCUUUUUAGAAAGUAUCACAAAGCAUGCUGACAAACUCAAUAAAUGUGCCGAAUCAAAGAUGUAUCAGAAAGGAACAGACACCUCCAACUAUGAAAAGGGGUCAAGCUGGGCAGUGGAGGUGGGAGGCCACCUAAAGGUUUCUUCAAUAAUAGUAGAGAGCCUAAACAAAAAUGGGCAGAUGCUUGUAGAGAUGCUAUGCGAGGAAUGCAGUCAUUUCCUUGAGAUAGCAGAAGCUAUUAGAAGCUUAGGUCUGACGAUCUUGAAAGGGAUCACAGAAGUGCAUGGCGAGAAGACAUGGAUAUGUUUCAUGGUUGAGGGACAAAACAACAAAGUUAUGCAUAGAAUGGACAUCUUAUGGUCACUCGUGCAGAUAUUGCAACCGAAGACUUCAAACUAAUAACAACUACCAGUGAGCUCUUGGAGAUUGUGGUGUUGCUCCUUUGUAAAAUAGUGAGUCAUUUUGUGAUCUUUGAUUGGCAUUGUUUUUUAGUUGUGGUUAUUGUUUGUAUUCCCCCUUUUUCUGAAAAAUAAAAAGAAAAGGGAAGAAAUGAAGGCCAAGGCAUCCUUUCUUUUGCUUGACAGUGUGUGGAAGUUAGCAUCCUUUUUUUUCACCAGAUUUACACCCCAUCAUUUUGUUUGGAAGUUAAAUCAUGAAAUAACAUAGUGAGCUAUUUUGCAGUGUUUCAGUAAA